AUGGGACGAUACAUAAGUAGUAAUGAAGCUAUUUGGCGAAUUUUUGCAUUUCCUAUACAUGAAAGGGAUCCUGCUGUUGUACAUUUGGCUGUGCAUCUUGAAAAUGGACAGCUUGUUUAUUUCACAGAACAGAAUGCACUACAACAAGCUUUAACAGCUCCAAAAACAACUCUUACUGAAUUUUUCAACCUUUGUAAUCGACAAGAUAUUGUUGGUGAAUUUGCAAAGACAUUAAUGUAUACUGAUGUUCCUAAAUUUUUUACAUGGAAUAAACAAUCAAAAAGUUGGGAACCACGGAAACGAGGCACUCCAGUCCCAGGAUUUGCCGGCAUAGUUAUGACAAAUACUUUAGGACGAUUAUAUACAGUUCAUCCUAAGCAACGCGAAUGCUUUUUUCUGCGUUUGUUAUUGGUUAACGUUCCUGGACCGACAUCCUUCCAAUACUUGCGAAAAGUCAACGGUACUUUAUACGGCAUUUACAUUUAUUGGAGUUUGAUAACCACUGGGACCUCACACUUGCAGAUGCAGCACAGAGCUCAUCUCCACAGCAAAUUCGUCAAUUAUUUUCAAUAA